AUGACAUUAUCUGCUACAUCCAACGGUAUUUCUGAGUCAGAUUUCCAAAAUAUUGGACCUGCUCCCAAACCACCUGUUAGUUAUAAUCAAACUAAGCCGCUGACUAAGUCUUUAACUGCCGGCAUAAUUAGAACUACUUCAAACAUAACUCCCCAAGGUCCAUACAAUACCAAGAAAAAGACUGGGUGGGUAACAUAUAAGGAGGAAGGCUUAUUAUCAUUCUUAUGGCAGAAAAGGUUUUUAGUGUUGAGUGAUUCAUAUUUGGCAUUAUUCAAAAAUGAUAAAUUAACUGACGAUCCGAUCUUACAAAUUCCAUUAACCUCCAUCGCUAGUGUAUCAAGAACACAGAUGAAACAACAUUGCUUAGAGCUUGUUCGUUCAACUGAUCGUAAUUCAAUUUCAUCAACGUCAUCCGGAAAUUCAAAUAAUGAAUCCUCAAAAAAAACAAUUUACAUUGCAACCAAAACUGAACAAGAAUUAAGCAUGUGGUUAGAUACAAUCUUUGCAAAAUGCCCUCUUCUUAGUGGGGUUUCUUCUCCAACUAAUUUUACUCAUAAAGUUCAUGUAGGUUUUGACCCGGAAACUGGUAGUUUCGUUGGUAUGCCAUCCAAUUGGGAAAAACUAUUAAAACAUUCUAGAAUCACAGGUGAAGACUGGAAUAACGAUUCUGCUGCAGUUAUACAAGUACUACAAUUUUAUCAAGAUUAUAAUGGUAUCGAGGGUCAAAAUAAUGCUGCAAACGCUACUGCAAAUCAGAAUAGAAUAAAGUCAAGUGGGUCUACGACCUCAUCGACAAAUGUUACAACACAAAUAAAGGGAAGAAACGGUUCACAAUCAUCUGUCUCAAGUAUGGGCUCUGCAUUGAAUUCUACACCGUCAAGCUCUCGCUCAAACAGCAAUAAAACUGUUCGAGAAUCUAGUAAAGCUCCUGAUCAAACCCCAGGACAAGCGUCCAUUCCAUCUAAUGUUGCAAUUGUUCCCCAAAGAGAUGUAUCUUCUAGAUCGCAGUCUCCGAUGAAUAACUCUCAGCCAAAUAGAGCUAAAACAUCAAGCCCAUUAGCACCCGGACCAAUGAGUAGAAAUCAAUCGCAUCCUUUGUAUAAAUCUCAGCAACAAUCAUAUUCUCACUCACAAUUAACCGUCCAACAGCAACAGCAACAACCUCAGCAACAGCAACAACCUCAGCAACAGCAACAGCAACAGCGCAAUCAAUAUCAGCAAAAAUACCCCGUAAACUCACCAUUAAACAACAAAAUCAAUCAUAUGCCACAACAUAUUCAAACAAGUGGUCCUAAAUCUCAUGGACAGAGUUCUCCUUUGAAUCCAUAUAAACCAUAUCACAACAUGGUCAAUCCAUAUUCUAAAGAUCAACAAACAUCUGCCCAACAGCCACUAUCUUCACGACAGCCAUCUACCAAAAAUAGCGGAAAAGAUACUUCACCUAUUAAUUUAGUUACCAAUCUUCCAGUAUCUCAAUCAACAGGCUCAAGUCCAUCACCUAGCCCUGUAAGCGGCAAAGCACAACCUAAUAUAUACACUCCCCAAAGAUCAGCACCACGCCCUCCCAAUUCAGUUAAUCAAAUGGCACCACAUAUGAAGGGCCAAAACACACCUUCUAAUUCACCAUUAACUCCAUCUCAAUCAUCAACACAAAUUAAAAUUGGGGUCCCUCAAGCUCAACCAUACAAUAAAAUCAACACACCACUGGGCUCCACACCUGACAAAUUAGGGAAAGACUUGGUACCUCAAAGACAAGCUCCUAGAAAGCCAGAUGCAAAACAGCAACAACCAGACCAAAAAAAUGCCGGCAUCACUAAACCUAAGAAAUCUUCUAGACCACAGAUGUCUCAUGCUGAAAUCAUGAGCAGACUAAGCAAAGUUACAUAUAGUAAAGAUCCUACUUCAUUCUUUAAGAUGAUUGAAAAGGCAGGACAAGGUGCCAGUGGUUCAGUCUAUUUAGCUGAGCGUAUCAGGUUACCACCUGAUCCAAUCAGUAACAAUAACGCCAAGUAUACAACAGAAAAUUCAUCCCAAAUUGGUGAUAAAGUUGCUAUUAAGCAGAUGAUCUUGUCUAAACAGCCACGCAAAGAAUUGAUUGUUAAUGAAAUUCUUGUAAUGCAGGACUCGCGCCAUAAAAAUAUCGUCAACUUUUUAGAAGCUUACCUAAAAACUGAAGAUGAUUUAUGGGUUGUGAUGGAAUACAUGGAGGGUGGAUCCCUAACAGAUAUCAUUGAAAAUAGUCCAGAGAAUGUAACGAAUAAAUCACCUCUGACUGAACCACAGAUAGCAUAUAUUGUCAGAGAAACAUGCCAAGGUCUAAAAUUUUUACAUGAAAGACAUAUUAUUCACCGUGACAUUAAAUCUGAUAACGUACUGUUAGAUAAUCAAGGUAGAGUUAAAAUUACAGAUUUUGGUUUCUGUGCAAAAUUAACAGAUCAAAGAAGUAAAAGAGCUACAAUGGUAGGUACACCAUACUGGAUGGCACCGGAAGUAGUCAAGCAGCGGGAAUAUGACGAGAAAGUGGAUGUUUGGUCAUUAGGUAUAAUGACUAUCGAAAUGCUAGAAGGUGAACCUCCAUAUCUAAAUGAGGAUCCUCUAAAGGCUUUAUAUCUCAUUGCAACUAAUGGUACACCUAAACUAAAGCACCCUGAUACUUUAUCACUAGAUAUUAAAAGAUUUUUAAGUGUUUGUCUUUGUGUCGAUGUUAGAUACAGAGCAUCCACUGAAGAAUUAUUGCAUCAUAACUUCUUUGAAAAUGCUUGCGAUCCUGUGGAACUAAUGCCAUUAUUAGAAUGGAAGAGGUAA